AAUUGUUAAACAAAUUAACUAGAAGCUAAAAAAAAACAUAUAAAAAAUGUUUAUACAUCAAAAAAUGAACAGGAGCCUUUGCAGGCUUCUAUUACUUUUGGUUUUAUACAACACAUGCCUGGUGUCAGGGGCCGGCGAGGAUUUAACCGAGGGCGAGGAGAAGGCUGCAGUAUUGGAUGCUAAAGUUAAAGUUUUCACUGUGGCCACAGAUCGUACUGAUGGUUUCCUACGUUACAUGCGCUCAGCUCGGGUUUAUGAUAUUGAGGUUACUCCCUUGGGUUUGGAUGAAGAAUGGAAGGGUGGCAAUAUGGAGGGACCCGGUGGUGGUUUCAAAGUAAAUCUUCUCAGAGAAGCCAUUAGACCUCUUAAGGAUGAAAAGGAUACCAUUAUCUUAUUUACUGAUAGCUACGAUGUCCUUUUCACCAGCGGUUUAGGCGAAAUUGUACAAAAAUUCAAAGAAUCCCAUUCGAAAUUGUUCUUCUCCGCUGAAAAAUACUGCUGGCCCGAUCAAAACCUAGCCAGCAAAUAUCCAACAGUAGAACCUAAAGCUUCACCCUAUCUUAACUCUGGAGCCUUUAUUGGUUAUGCUCCACAAGUGUGGGAAUUGCUGGAAACUCAUAUUGCCGAUACCGACGAUGAUCAAUUGUACUAUACUAAAGUGUUUUUGAAUGCAGAACUAAGAAAGAAAUUGGACAUGAAAUUGGAUAUCACCUCUACGCUGUUCCAGAAUCUAAAUGGUGCCAAGGAUGAUGUUAAAUUGGAUGUUGAUUUGGAUACAAAUGAGGGUGUCUUAAAGAAUAUCAAUUUCCUGACAACACCCAGUAUUUUGCAUGGCAAUGGUGGCAGCAAAGUUGAAUUGAAUGCAUUUGCCAAUUAUUUGGCCAAGACUUUCAGUGGCAAGUGCUUGAUGUGUCGUGAGGAUCGUGUGGAAUUGGAGGAACAUAGUUUACCCACUGUUUCCUUAGCCAUUAUGGUCAACCAAGCGGUGCCUUUCUUUGAUAUGUUUUUGAAUAAAACCGCCGAAUUGAAAUAUCCCAAAAAUAAAAUGCAUUUGUUUAUCUACAGCGGCAUAGAAUUCCAUGACGCCUUGGCCAAGUCCCAUUUAAAACAAUUUGAAAAUGAAUAUUUAUCCUCGAAAAUUGUAUUAUCCACCGAUCUGUUUGAUGAGAAGAGAGCCCGUCAAUUGGCUUUACAACAAGCCCAACAGAAGAAGGUUGACUAUAUUUUCUUUGUUGAUGCUGAUGUCCAUAUUGAUGAUCCGGAGGUUUUGCGUGAAUUAUUAAGUUUGGAUAAACAAUUUGCUGCUCCUGUUGUUAGCAAAUACAAUGAAUUGUGGAGUAACUUCUGGGGUGCUUUAACCGAAGGUGGCUAUUAUGCUCGCUCUCCCGAUUAUGUUGAUAUUGUUAAGGGUGAUAUACUUGGCAUUUGGAAUGUUCCCUAUGUGUCCAGCAUCUAUUUGAUCAAAAAUACUGCUUUCAAAUUCAUCGACUAUGAACAUCAAUAUUAUGACCCCGAUAUGGCCAUGUGUGAUUCACUGAGACAAAAGGGCGUUCACAUGUACAUCAUCAACGAUCGCAUCUAUGGUCAUUUAGUGCAAGCCGAAGGUUUCGAUACCACCGUAGCACGUCCCGAUUUCUAUACCCUGUUCACCAAUAAAUUCGACUGGAUCAAGAAAUACAUACAUCCCAAUUUCACCCAACAACUAGAGUCCAACUUCACUUACUUACAGCCCUGUCCCGAUGUCUAUUGGUUCCAAAUUGCCACCGAUGCCUUCUGUGAUGAUAUGGUUGCUAUUAUGGAGAACUUUGGCAAAUGGUCGGAUGGCAGUUCCAAGGAUGAACGUCUAGAGGGUGGCUAUGAAGCGGUGCCCACACGUGAUAUUCACAUGAAACAAGUGGGUUUGGAUAAUUUGUGGUUGCAAUUCUUGGAUUUGUUUGUCCGGCCCUUGCAGGAGAAGGUGUUUUUGGGUUAUUUCCAUAAUCCUGUCCGCUCUUUGAUGAACUUUGUGGUGCGCUACAGACCCGAUGAACAGCCCUUCCUCAGGCCUCACCAUGACUCCUCCACCUACACCAUUAAUUUAGCCCUUAAUCGUGCUGGUAUCGAUUAUGAGGGCGGUGGCUGCCGUUUCUUGCGCUACAAAUGCUCCGUUACUGCCACCAAAAAGGGUUGGAUGCUUAUGCAUCCUGGCCGUUUGACCCAUUAUCAUGAGGGUCUACGUGUUACCAAUGGCACCCGUUACAUUAUGAUCUCUUUUAUUGACCCUUAAGAUUUUAAGACAACGAAAGAAUGCAAGAAAGCGAGGCCUUUAAACAAGUCAUUUUUGUAUGAACUUUUCCUAGUUAACAACAACAACAUAUCCAAAGAACCAAUUAUUUUUUACUUUUUUUAAAUUCCUCUGAUGAAUCUCUUUUGUUUUUUGUGUUCAUUACAAAACAUUUCUUUAGUUUGUAAGCAAGCAUUUUCUUUUUGCGAAUUAAUUUCGUUUAUGAAGAGAUUCCAAUUUGACCAUUUCUUUUUCUCAAUAUUUUAGUUACGUUUUUGUAAUGUUUCCUUUCCUAUGCUAUGCUAUGCUAUCCUACCUAUACUGUCUGUUUAAUUUAGAUUUAGUUCAUAAAUCAUUUUAUACUUAUCAUUUGUUUGUAUGUAAAAGCAAUCAAUUACAUAUUUUAUAUAAAAGAAAAUAUAUUUCGAACAAAACUUGAAACUAAAAA